AUGUGGGAAAAUCUGCUCAAAGAGUACGCCCAGCUUCUAGACGAUUAUAAAGACCUAAAGAAAGCUUUCGAGUCUAAAAGCGCAAAGCCCGUGGCCAAGUAUGCAGCUACACCUGUACGCCCAGCAGAGAAGCCCCGUAGCCCUUAUGUCCUCGUGCUUGUCGACGGCGAUGGCUACAUCUUCAAUGAUGAGCUCAUCCGCGACAAAGAAGAAGGUGGCAUGCGAGCUGCCCGUAUGCUGAACGAAGCAGUGGAAAAAUACUUACACCAAAGCGUCCCAGAAGCUCGGAAUUUGCGUAUCCUGGUGCGCAUCUACGCCGACCUAACGAACCUGUCAAAGCAACUAGCCAGGUCGAAGUUGACCGGGCUCGAGAAGCGUUCUCUUGGAGCGUUCUCUGCUGCGUUUACGCGCGCCAUGAGCUCAUUCGACUUUGUCGACGCUCUAGAUGAAGAGGGCACUAAGUUUAAGAUUAGAGGUAUAGAAUCCGUUGCACUUUUCGUAUAG